GUCUCGGCCAAUGAGGGGCGCGCAUAGCAGGUCACGUGGCUGUGGUGGGCGCUUUUGUUCGUUGCUGCUGAGAGCGCGUGUGGUAUUCAUCGGCAGACACAGCCUCCCGAGCGACACUUGCACUUUCAGUCAUGUCUGAAGCUGAUAUUAAGGUAAAAGAGCUGGAGAAGCGUGCCUCUGGUCAGGCAUUUGAGCUGAUCCUUAGCCCUCCAUCUACUGAUGCAGCUCCAGAUAUUGCGAUUGCUUCCCCAAAGAAAAAGGAAUGCUCAUUAGAAGAAAUUCAGAAGAAGCUGGAAGCAGCAGAAGAGAGGCGCAAGCUACACGAGGCUGAGAUCUUAAAACAGCUUGCAGAGAAGAGAGAGCAUGAAAAAGAAGUUCUGCAGAAAGCUAAAGAAGAAAACGACAACUUCAGCAAGAUGGCCGAGGAAAAAUUAACUUCUAAAAUGGAAGCCAUUAAAGAAAAUAGAGAGGCCCAGAUGGCGGCAAAACUGGAGAGAUUGCGAGAACUGGAGAAGAAUCGGGAAGAGAUCAGAAAGGGAAAGGAUUCCAAAGAAGCUGAAAAUUGAGUUGCAUCUGUGAAGGCUGCCCCAACAGUGUAAAGCUUAUUCCGUCUGUGUGUCUCCCCUCCCCUCCCCUCAUCUGUAUGUUUAGCAGCUGUAAUGAUGUAGCCAAAAUGCAUCAUAUUUGCUUGGUUAACGAGGAAGCCUUUCACUUAUCCAGUCUUGCUGUGCUGGUUACUGUUGUAUUGUACUGGAAAGUUUUGGUGUGGGUUUUCUAGUAUUGUUAUACCAGUGUUCAGACUGUUAAAUAAUGCACUUAAAUAUCAAUGGUUCUCUGUAUCUGACUUGUAAUGGUUUGUCUUAAUAAAAAAAUAACUUGUUGGAAA